CAGGCGGCAGUAAUGCGCCUCUGAACCAGCAGAGAAACAGUGGAGCGGAAGCGUUCCCCUGGUUCCUGGCUGGUGAUUUUGGUCCAGGUUCGGUUCGGACGGGAAGAUGAACGCUCCUCCAGCCUUCGAGUCGUUCCUGCUGUUUGAGGGAGAGAAAAAGAUCAGCAUCAGCAAAGACACCAAGGUUCCCAACGCCUGUCUGUUCACCCUGAACAAGGAGGACCACACGCUGGGGAACAUCAUCCGCGCGCAGCUGCUGAAGGAUCCUCAGGUUCUGUUUGCUGGAUAUAAAGUUCCUCAUCCUCUGGAGCACAAGAUUGUCAUCCGAGUCCAGACCACACCUGACUACAGUCCCCAGGAGGCGUUCACCAAUGCCAUCACAGACCUGAUCAGUGAGCUGUCGCUUCUGGAGGAACGGUUCCGAGUCGCUAUCAAAGACAAACAGGAGGGAAUUGAAUGACCCCCCCCCCCCCCGUUUUUCUAAUAAAGAUGUGAUGUCAUA